GCAGGUAUUAGGAUAGACCCAACGUAUUCUAUCCUUUGCUGUGGAUGCGUGGAUGGCUCAAGGGGUAGCGCCCAUGCCAUGGGCGUGGUCUCCCAGGCCUUGCAGAAAGGCCUCCCAAACGUAGCGGCCCUCAGCUUCGGCUGCCGAAGCUGGGAGCUUGGGCCUAAAUGUGGCUGAUUCUCUUCUGGCUGCCAGUGGUUUGGGCAGAUCUACCGGUGCAUUGUUUACAUCAUGAGAUCCUGGGACGAUGGAACUUCAUGCUGAGCCCACCCAGUCCUGAACGAUCCUCCUGCGGCCAUUUGAGGCCCGACUCGGUGGAUUUCCAGCCACGGAGAGAUGAUGUGCAGGUGGGCAAACAUCUGACCAUCUCCCUGAUGGAUCCCAAUGUGGCGGAAGAUGAACAUCUUCAGCGAGGGACAUGGACCAUGGUCUAUGAUGAGGGCUUUGAAGUCGAGAUUAACAACCUGAACUUCUUUGCCUUCUCCAACUUUAGCUUUGAACUUGCACAAGGAGGAAGCACCAAGCACAAUAUCUCACACUGCGAUCAAACCAUGGUCGGCUGGUAUCACAACACGGAUCGAACAGAGUUCGGCUGCUACUACGGCAGCAAGGUGAUGACACAGGAACCGCCCGCUGAGCAAGCCGCCGCUGUGCGCCCCGUCCAUUUGGGAAAGAAGCCAAAGACCUUGCUGUAUCAGACAAAGCUGUCGCAUCAUCAUCAGCGAAAGGUCAUUGACAAGCUCUCUGCCAAGAUCGGCAACGAGUCCCUGGGAUGGAAGGCCAAGACCAUGGAGAAGUGGAACGGCCUCUCCAUGCUGCAGGUGAACUCCUAUGCUGGCAUCAAGCGUUCUCGUCGUAGCACAGCGAUGUUGAGACAACAUGCUGCGAAGCUCAAGACACUCUCAGGGAGGGUGAAGCGAAGGAGUUUCUUGCAGCAGACCAGUGUCCUGCAGCUCUCGAAGCCAUUGCCGGGCUCCUGGGAUUGGACCAAUGUGAGUGGGCGCAACUUUGUUGAGCCUGUUAUGGACCAAUCUGAAUGUGGAAGUUGCUAUGUUGCUGCUGCGGUGCGUAUGCUGACAGCCAGACAUAAGAUCAAACAGAACAACACGGAGGAGGUGCCCUGGUCCAUUGCUUUCCCACUGCGCUGCUCUGAGUACAACCAGGGCUGUCGAGGUGGCUACGGGAUUUUGGCUGCCAAGUGGUCGCAAGAAGUUGGUCUACUUCCAGCGAACUGCAUGAAAUAUAGCUCUGACGGUGCUUGCGAAUUGGAAUGCAGCCUCAAGGAGCUCCAAGGCAAGCGCUACCGGGCCGACAAUCAUCGCUAUGUGGGCUCCUGGUAUGGAGAGCAUGGCGACAAGGUCGAGGAGAUCAAGGCGGAGUUGUACCACAAUGGGCCUUUGAUCCUGGGCCUGGAACCUACGGAGGACUUCAUGUGGUACUCUGAGGGCAUCUAUCGUUCUCCCAGCUCGAGUGAUCUGAUGCAUUCGACCAGCAACUUCGAAUGGGAGCGCGUGGACCAUGCGGUCUUGCUGGUGGGCUACGGAGAGGAGAAUGGAAGGAAGUAUUGGAAGCUUCAGAACAGCUGGGGUGAGGACUGGGGUGAAAGAGGUUUCUUCCGGAUGGUGAUGGGCGAGAAUGACUCAGGCAUUGAGUCGAUUCCAGAGGCAGCAGAUGUUGUGCAGGAUGAGCAGGACGGUCGGCAAGUUCAGAGCUUCUUCCAGCAACUCCAAGCACCGACGAAGAGAGCUUCGACGGACGAGCUCCAGUUGACGGAGAGGAUCGAACAUUUGCUCCAGAGCAAAUUGAAAGUGAAGGCUUGAACGCCUGACAUGAAGACGACCGCAAGAAAGAGCCAUUAGUCUCGUUUCACCCUGCAAGGGUUGCUCUUAACGCAUCUGCAUUGCAUCUUGAUGUUUCUUGGACAUUGUUGGAUACACAAAGCCAGAGACAAACAAUACAUGUUUGACAAGAGCAGACCCACUGCGCAAGC